AUGUCUGCAAAACAGAUUAAUUUCAACAACGAAGCACGCGAAAAACUCAAAAAUGGCGUGGAUGCUUUAGCCAACGCUGUAAAAGUAACACUCGGACCCAAAGGUCGCAACGUAGUUAUCCAAAAGGCGUAUGGCGCUCCUGCCAUCACCAAAGACGGUGUGACUGUAGCCAAAGAAGUUGAACUAGAAGACGCAAUCGAAAACAUGGGCGCUCAGAUGGUGAAGGAAGUAGCCAGUAAGACUGCCGAUAUAGCCGGAGACGGUACUACAACAGCUACUGUGCUUGCCCAAGCUAUGGUAACUGCAGGUCUUAAAAACGUAUCUGCCGGUGCCAAUCCAAUGGAUCUCAAGCGCGGUAUCGACAAAGCCGUACGCAUCGUAGUCAAAAACCUUAAAGAUCAAACCGAACUUAUCGGCGACGAUUUCAGCAAAAUACAACAAGUGGCAGCCAUUUCUGCCAAUAACGACGAUACCAUCGGUACCCUCAUCGCUGACGCAAUGAAGCGCGUAAGCAAAGAUGGCGUUAUCACAGUAGAAGAAGCCAAAGGUACUGAUACCUACGUGGACGAAGUGAUUGGUAUGCAGUUUGACCGCGGUUACCUUAGCCCUUACUUCAUCACCGAUGCAGAAGGCAUGGUUGCAGAAUACGAAAACCCAUUGUUGCUCAUCACCGACAAGAAAAUCGGCAAUAUGGCAGAAUUCGUACCUGCAUUAGAAAAAGUACUUCAAACUGGUCGCCCACUUCUUAUCAUUGCAGAAGAUGUUGAAUCUCAGGCACUUGGCGUACUCGUAGUUAACCGUCUUCGCGCAGGACUUAAGGUAGUUGCUGUAAAAGCUCCCGGCUUUGGCGAUCGCCGUAAGGCAAUGUUGGAAGAUAUUGCCAUUUUGACAGGCGGAACCGUUAUCAGCGAAGAAAAAGGAUACAAACUUGAAAAUACGACCGUAGCAGAGCUUGGUACUUGCGAAAAAAUCACGGUUGACAAAGACAAUACCACCAUCGUAGGCGGUAAAGGCAAUGCCGAAGACAUCAAAUCGCGCAUCAACCAAAUCAAGCAGCAGAUAGAGACCACUACCUCUGACUAUGACAAAGAAAAACUUCAAGAGCGCCUUGCCAAACUUGCCGGUGGGGUAGCAGUACUUUACGUAGGUGCGCCUACCGAAGUAGAAAUGAAGGAGAAAAAAGACCGCGUUGACGACGCACUUCACGCUACACGCGCUGCCAUCGAAGAAGGUAUCGUAGCAGGCGGUGGAGUAGCGCUUGCACGCAGCAUCAGCGCACUUCGCAACCUUAAAGGUGUCAACGAAGACGAAAACAUCGGUAUCCAGAUCGUAAGAAAGUCAUUGGAAGCACCUGUGCGUGUCAUCGCGGAAAACGCCGGAGCCGAAGGUUCCGUAGUGCUUCAGCGCGUCCUCAAUGGUACCGGUUCUUAUGGCUACAACGCUCGUACCGACAAGUACGAAGACAUGAAAAAAGCAGGUAUCAUUGACCCAACUAAAGUGACACGUGUAGCGCUCGAAAACGCAGCAUCUAUAGCAGGUAUGAUACUCACCACCGAGUGCGUUAUCAGCGAAAAGCCUAAGAAAGAUGCAGGCGGCGCACCACACAUGCACGGCGGCGGCGGCAUGGAAGGGAUGAUGUAA